GGGCUGAUGGCUGCCCAGUGUGGAACAUUUAUUAUUUCAUGCCAACUGAGACAGCUUCUCCCAGCUUGAGACUGCAAACAGGACAGCCUACAAGGAGAAAAUGAAGGAGCUAUCUCUGCUCUCCCUCAUCUGCUCCUGUUUCCACACCCAGCCACAUCCCAACACCAUCUACCAGUAUGGAGAUAUGGAGGUGAAGCAGCUGGAUAAGAGGGCAUCGGGCCAGAGCUUCGAGGUGAUCCUGAAGUCUCCUUCAGAUUUGUCUCCUGAGAGCCCCAUCCUUUCCUCUCCCCCCAAGAAGAAGGACCUGUCCCUGGAGGAGCUGCAGAGGAGGCUGGAGGCUGCAGAGGAGAGGAGGAAGACCCAGGAGGCACAAGUGCUGAAGCAGCUGGCGGAGAAACGGGAGCACGAGCGGGAGGUGCUGCACAAGGCACUGGAGGAGAACAACAAUUUCAGCCGCCUGGCUGAGGAGAAGCUCAACUACAAGAUGGAGCUGAGCCGGGAGAUCCGCGAGGCGCACCUGGCUGCCCUGAGGGAGCGGCUGCGUGAGAAGGAGCUGCACGCAGCUGAAGUCCGCAGGAACAAGGAACAGCGGGAGGAGAUCUCUGGAUAAAGGGCUUUUCUACACAUCUAGCACCUGAUUCCUGUCAACAAUCCGACCGACCGACACGUUUUAUUUUGUUUGUCUAGAUGCAGCGUUUGGU